AUGGUGGAAUUCGUCUUACUCCCUGCAGCCGCCCUCGCUGGCAAGAAGGAAUUCCGUGUAGAACGCCGGGACAACGAGCCUCUCAUACAUACUGACAUCCAACAACUCAAAGAUGAUUACACAAACGACGUUUUAACUCCCCAACUUCUAAAGCCUGCAGCUGCAGAGGCUUUGAACCGUCUCAUGGCACCUAUUCACAAAGCCUACGCAGAGUCGCCCGAAUGGCAGGAAAUCACCCUUAAGGCUUACCCGCCUCCGGUUGUACAGAAGAAGGAAAAGAAGGUCAAGGAUAGAGGUACCCGCUUCCCUGGGGCCAAUAAGGAACUCACAGAGCGUCCCAAGGCUUAG